UGGUGGUGUAAUAUCGAAUCUCCACCACCAGCUGGGAUAGGCUGAUCCUCGGGGCUUCAGCACUGGAGCAAGGAGUAACGAAAGAUCAGAUUGUAUUUGUUGCAGAUGUUGUUUUGUGGUGCAUGUGUGCAAGAGCAACACAGCCGUAGUCAAAUCCAGGGCAGCCGAUCGAUAUCUGGCCCACACAGAUGGUAGUGUUUGGAUGUGGAAUCUUUGGAAAUCAGGUCUGAUCUUUGCAAAACCGGGAUUGUACAGUCGACUUUUUGUGAAGCUCUGAGGAAUUACACAACCAUGCCCCGACGCAGUAUACAACAAGUACAUGUGCAAGAUGUGCAGAAGAGGAGGAACCCCAAUAAACAUUAUGUGUAUAUCAUCCAGGUUUCCUGGUCUGAUGGAUCUACAGAGAACAUAUACAGGCGUUACAGCAAGUUUUUCGAUUUGCAGAUGGAGCUUCUGGAUAAGUUCCCUGUGGAAGGAGGCCAGAAGGACCCAAAGCAAAGGAUUAUUCCCUUUCUCCCAGGUAAAAUACUUUUCCGAAGAAGUCAUAUCAGGGAUGUUGCAAUUAAACGUCUGAGGCCAAUUGAUGAAUACUGUGGGGCUCUUAUCCAGUUGCCAGUUUACAUCUCUCAGUGUGAAGAGGUUCGCCAGUUCUUUGAGACCAGACCUGAAGACAUCAAUCCCCCCAAAGAGGAACCAAUUGGAAAGAAGAAAUCUGGGCUUGUCAAGAGAGCGACAUCUAUCCUAAAGAGAGCGGGCGAUCUUACUGCUGGAGACCCCCUUCUUUUAGAUCAGUAUGUGGCUGUGACUGACUAUAAGAAGCAAGAGAGUUCAGAAGUCAGUCUCUGUGUUGGACAGGUGGUGGAAGUGAUAGAGAAGAAUGAGUCUGGGUGGUGGUUUGUGAGCUCGGAUGACGAGCAGGGUUGGGUCCCAGCUACAUGUCUUGAGGCUCAGGAUGAUCCAGAUGAUUUUUCAAUGCCAGCUGACGAAGAGGAGAAAUAUACAGUUAUUUACCCGUACACUGCCAGGGACAAAGAUGAAAUUAAUUUGGACGGGGGAAUGACUGUAGAGGUUAUCCAGAAAAACCUGGAGGGCUGGUGGAAAAUCAGGUAUCAAGGCGAGGAAGGCUGGGCUCCUGCUUCCUACCUGAAAAAGGCUGAUUUGCUGACCCAGAAACUGGCAUCAGGCUGCCCCGCUCACUCAAGUGCCUCUGAUCUAGACGGCUUCUCCAGGCAGGCAAACGCUGCCAAAGAAGGGGACAACACGAACAAUCAGAAAGACUUCAAGUCAGAAGCCUGUUUUUCACCCUUUGCCGAUGUGAGACACAAAUCUCCUGAUGCAAGACAUCGCCCCCCACCUCGACGGGAUCUUACUAUACCAAGGGGAUUACAUUUACCUAAACCGCCCAUUCCUCCUCAAGUUGAAGAGGAGUAUUAUACCAUAGCAGACUUCCAGACCACCAUUCCUGAUGGCAUUAGUUUUCAAGCUGGUAUGAAAGUGGAGGUUAUAGAGAAGAAUUCAAGUGGGUGGUGGUACAUUCAAAUUGAUGAAAAAGAAGGUUGGGCUCCCAUCACGUUUAUUGAUAAAUAUAAGAAAACCAGCAAUGCAACACGGCCAAACUUUCUGGCUCCUCUGCCAAAUGAAAUGGCACAACUUAAACUGGAAGAUGGCACCACCAACCACGUUGCCCAUGAAGAUGAUCCUUGGAUUUCAAAACCUCUUCCUGAUGACCCAUCCAUGAGCAAUGGGUUGUCAGGCAAACCAAAGCUCAAAGAUUGGAAAACUAAGGAUGCAGUAAAAGGCAUUUUUCCAGACAACAAGGCAGCCUCCAAUGCAUUUUCAGGAGCUGUGCAAACUGACCCUAUCUGCCCUUCAGCUGAAGAAAAACCUGCUCUGCCACCAAGAAGAGAAUCUAUAAACAAGAGCUUAGAAGUAGAAUUUACAGAAAAACAAAAGCUUGACCUGGGCAAAGGCCUUCCACCUAAACCGCCUGCCCCAGGGGUCAUUUUACCCAUGAUGCCACCUAAACCUGCUCCUUUUAAAGGAGAGAAGGUCCCAGAUCAGAAAAAAGAAGAUAAGAAUAAAGUAUUGCAUCUCAGAAACGAGAUGGGCUUAGAAUGUGGGCAUAAGGUAUCGGCAAAGGAGGUUAAAAAAUUCAACCUCAAACCUGUCGCAAAACCAGGGAAGUCAAAACCAGAACCAUCUGAAGAAAAGCCUGAACCUGUUGGCCAGACGACAUUUGCAAAGCCAAAACCCCAAGUGAGGCCCAAACCAAUUCCAUCUCCAAGGGUGGAAGGUCAAACAGAAAGCAAGGUGGACAUCACCAAUCUCAGAAGCAGGCUUAGACCUGCAAAGCCCACAGACAAAGGUUUUGAACUGGAUAUUUCGCAGCAAGAAGCAGUUAACAACUCCCUUAAUAAUGUGCCUUCGACCAGUAAAGGGAACGUGGAACCUAAGAUUCCCCCAAAGCAACACAAUGGUCACGGUCAAAACGAUAGCCCGCAAGGAUUCCCUGGCAAGCCGGUGCCUGAAAUCUCAACAGGGGAGACGGAACCACCAAAGAUCUGUGUUUCGAAAGAAGCCCCACAAAGGCCUACUGUUCCACCAAGAAGGCCCCCACCACCAAAGAAAUCAUCAGCCCCAUCCAGUCCUACAGAAGCUAAGGGGCCGAUUAAAGAUUUGCCCGAGGUGAAACCCUCCAGCGUACAUCACAGACCUGUGCCCCCAAAGCCCAAGGCACUUAUACCACCUCCUAAGGAUGAAUCCAAACUAAAGGGAGCCUUGGGGCCAAAGCUGUUGAACAAGCAAGCGGAGAAACCUGACCCACCUAAAGAAAAGCUUCCUUCCUUGUGGAAGGAAGGUGAUGUGCCAAAGGAAAAGUACGUGGCUGUUGCUGAUUUUGAAGGAGACGAGCAAACCUCUGGAUUUAAAGAAGGGACAGUGUUUGACGUGCAAGAAAAGAAUACCAGUGGGUGGUGGUUUUGUAAAGUUAUUAGUGGUGGGCCAAUAUGGGAGGGCUGGAUCCCUUCCAAUUUUUUGACCAAAAAACAAUAGAUAUUAAACAUUAGGCUUUUUUUUCUUAACCUUUGUUACUUUAUAUUUAAUUUUUGUAUUUUUUUAAUUUAUAGGUGGUUCCUUUUAAUAAUUACAUUUCAUCACAUUCCAUUGUUGAAAGGUGGAACGACGACGUAUAUUCUUAGCCAAAUAAAUAAAACAGCCCCAUAAGAAACCUGUUUUCUGUAAAUUUAGAGAACUUAAACCAGAUUCCAUAUUCAAACACAUUGGACUAUUACUACUCUGUUUUUGGUUUUCCACCUUUUAAUGUCAUGCUAUCAUUUUUUCUUAAUAUAUCUUUUUAUAUUUAGAGCAUUGAGAAAAAAAAUCUAUAUCGUGCAGUACUUUAUGCCUUACGUACUAUUUUGCUUCCAUAUAACACAAAUUAAAAUGUAUGCAAAUAAGUCAGGUUAUCCUCAUGAAGUGUGCAUAUUGGAUUAACUGAAACAAUGCUGUGUAGACUGUAGGAGAAAAAUAUAUACAACAAAUGAAUGAGGCACAUUUUCUAUGAAGUAUUGCCAAACUAAAGACUAGAACAAUAGAAUACCUCAGAAUAGUUUCUCAUUCAAAAUGUUCAAACCAUACAUUUCAGAGGAUGUCUUUCACAGAAAAUGCAAUCUAUAUAUUUUUCAAGGCAUAUAGUUAUCUAGUUAUCAUACUUCAUUUUCAGGGGAAGUUGAUUGCUCAAGUAACCAUCAGUUAUCUAGACUUAUGUAAUGCCUCCUUCCAUUGAUAGACCAGGGUUCAUUCACUGUGGCUUUUUGUAAGAAAAUGUGAAUACAUAAUAACAAUAAUGAGAUAUAAUAACUUCUGUCGUUAACCCGCUGUGUUGGAAGCUUGUGCUCUUUAAGCAUGUUUGCACAGUUUCACCCUGAAAACUCUCAGUGUAGUGGUUUCAUUUUUCAGAAUUAGUUAAACCAGCAUUUGUUUGUGCAGCAUCUGUGUGAACUACUAUAUUGUCAGCCAAGUAUAGGGUUUGUUCACUGGGGCGCUUUGAUUAGCUGUUUAAUGCAAUAUUAUAUUUUCUGUUUUAACACACUACUAGUGCUUGACUGGUUUCAAGCAUGGAAUAAGUAGAUACCUAAUAUUAAGACGGGGAGGGGGGGGUCUUCUUUUAAGUAACCUUAGACAUUUCUUUAGGACUCUUUACCUCAAGCUGAGCCAGAACACUUGGUCUGAAGGUAUAAACCCAGCCAACAGAAACUCUGAAUGCCUGUUCUGGUAAAGAAGGGUUUGAACGUGGUGAGAUCCGAUACCAUCACCUCUCUGGAAUCUGUACCAGAAGAAACGGGCAAGGCCUGGAGCCCCUAUAGGCUAGCCGCAAAUUAUUAUUAUUAAUUUUUUUUUAUGUUCUUUAACAAACAAUAAUGCAGGUAUUAUGCAUUGUGCAUCAUAUUAAAGCACAUCAAUGGAUUUAAAUGGGUUUCCCCAAUUAGUAGAAACAAACCUGUUCUGCAAUACAGCGGUUAGAAACAAAUCACAUUUGUGAAACGUUUUCAAACUGGAUUGGGUCUCAGUGUUAUCUUUUCAUUCAUACGUGAAUAAAAAAAGAGCAAAGAAAGCAAGCGCUAGGCUUUAACUCUAGUUUUAUAACAUGGUGCUUUUAAGAUUGCUGAUGUUUGCUAUGAAGGUUUAAAUUGGGCGAUACACUAUAAAACUCAACAUGGGUCUUUGGGGAGGGUGGGAGGGGGGUUUGGAGUACAAUAGUGUAAGUGAUAAAAGCUGUUGCUACUAAUACUUUACGUGAGUUGGGUGUGUGAGGCUGUGUGGUCCAGUGGUUAAAGAAAAGGGCUUGUAACCAGGAGGUCCCCGGUUCAAAUCCCACCUCAGCCACUGACUCAUUGUGUGACCCUGAGCAAGUCACUUAACCUCCUUGUGCUCCGUCUUUCAGGUGAGACAUAGUUGUAAGUGACUCUGCAGCUGAUGCAUAGUUCACACACCCUAGUCUCUGUAAGUCGCCUUGGAUAAAGGCGUCUGCUAAAUAAACAAAUAAUAAUAAAUAAUAAUUUCCCAGGCCCUGUUUAUUUUAUGAUAUACUUGAUAAGGGGUACACAACAUAUUCUUUUAUGUAAUAUUAAAAUAGUACUGAAUAAGCAGACCCUUUUUCAUUUCAAUAGACAUACCUGUUCUGUUGUAAUGAGACAGAGGGUUUCAGGAGAAGUGCAAAAAUGGGGGACUAGCUGGGUUGCAAAGUAUGAUUCUUUUGUCCCCUUUCAGUAGAGCAAUUCAGAUCAAUCACACUGCCAGGUAUAGGUGAAACCACUAUAAGCAUGGGUACAGUACUCUACACGACCCACCAGAGGCUGAUGGUUAUAUCAGUUGUGAAGCCUGACUGGAUCUGUUUUACUCCAGGGAUGGUUGGUGCUAGCAUUUGAAAAUGAAACUGCAUUUCAGAGGUCACAAACUACAGAAACGAACAAGUUGUGUGCUCUGAAGUACUUAGAAUUUCAAAGUUAAACUGAAAUAAUCUCCCAAGUCAACCUGAGAUGGACAGACAAAUAAAUAAUGACAAGUCCAAGAAUGCCAAGCGGAAAGACAUUACUAUUGAUAAAAAAAGAAGAUUGGAUUCAGUGAAACACGGUGAUACAAGGAUUCAAAUUAAAAUAUGCCAUCCUUGAAAAGAAGCCAACUUGGCAGGUCAGUAAAUAUAACAUGUAGCAUUAACAAUGAAAAAAAAAAAGAAAAUAUUAUAUGAGCUGACCUUCCUUCCCACUGUAAGAAGGAGAAAUUGUUACAUACACCGCCUGUAUUUGUAGGUAGUUGGAAAAAUGGGUUCAGUAACUGUCGGGGAAAUGGAAAAUAUUUAACUGGAUGAAGUUUAACCUUCAGCAAUUCCCAUAAUGUGAUUAUGGGUUAGCAGUAAUAAAAAAUAUAUCCAGGCCUAAUUUUACUUUAACAAAAUGCAACUACUCCAGAAGUUACUUAAUAAAAUACACACUGAAAUGUAUGCAUCAGUAGUACAUAUUUAUCCUUCAGUACACUGCCAAAUCCAUACUGAAAUGUAUGCAUCAGUAGUACAUAUUUGUCCUUCAGUACACUGCCUUUUUAUUAAUGCUGUGUCUGGAAUUAUUACAAUUCUUCGUAAAACUGAGUACCGUGCCUUCUCAGAAUUAAGUUUGCUAUUGCCGAAUGAAGUCUGUUUUUUGGAAUGGAAACUGAAUUGAAGCUGGAUAUUUGAUGGGAUGUUAUUUUUCUGAUGUACAAUCAAAGUACUGUAAUAAAACAAACAGUCUGUUUUAUUUAAGACUUGCAAAAUGUAAUUUCAUUGCCCCUGCUUUUUUUUGUUGCAAAAGUUUAUUUUAUACAAAUUUAAUAAACAUUUCUCAUAGCUCCA